AUGGAGGUGGGCAGGGACGUUCCGGCGGCGCGUGAGGGCGUGUUCGGCGGCUUUAGGCGACGGUUCCGGCGGCGUUGGAAUCCUGACGGAGAGAUGAACACAACGGUGGCGGAGAGUCUCAAAUACCUAAGAAAGGUUGGAGACUCCGUUCCGGAGACCGAGCUGAACUUUGUGAUCGAUGCGGAAGGAAGAUUUUGCGAGACUUUUCAUUUGAACACUUCUGGUUGGAGGAACUGUGAGACUUGUAGGAAGCGGAUUCAUUGUGGAUGUAUUGUCUCAGAUAACUCGUUUAUGUUGUUGGAUCCUGGUGGAGUUGAAUGUAAUGUAUGUGCAAAGGAACAUCAUAUGUCAUCAACCCGGCCAUGGUCUCAGUCUUUUUGCUCUAAUUUAUCUCUAAGACUUAGAGACAUCUCCACAAAUAAUUGGAAUCAGUUAGCUGGAUCAGGUCCUGUACCAUGGAAGCAAGCACCCAGCCUAUAUAAUUCUGUUUCUUCAUCCAACCUGCAGCCAGGUGUGGCCUCUCUAGUUGAAUUGACACAUAAACUUGGCAAAAUUUAUGGAAAUGAAAGAUUGCCUGAUUUUUCUCUGGGAAAGAAAAAUGAAAAUUUUCCUGGAAUAUCCAACUGGAACACUAAGCUUGAAUCACAGGAGAUAAUGCUUGUGAAUGGAGCAAUGAAUGAGGACAAACCUAGUUCAUGUUUAAAUCUUUGCCAGCAGUCUUCUUCUGUAAAGGAGGAUUCAUCUCCGCAACCUUUUGCAUUGCCUGUACCUUAUGCAUCUCCAAAUGAAAGAAAUGGUCAACCCGGGGGGAAUCAACUACAACAAACCCCUCCAGCUCCUCUAGGAAAGCAAUAUAGUGGCACUGUUCAUUUAUCACUUGACACAUCAGGUGAAACACAAGUUCGUAAUGGACGGCCUCGAGUAGAUGCACGAGGAAGAAGCCAGUUACUCCCACGGUACUGGCCCAGAUGUACCGAUCAGGAGCUACAGCAAAUAUCUAUCGAUUCUAAUUCUGUCAUUACCCCGUUGUUUCAAAAAACCUUGAGCGCUAGUGAUGCUGGGCGAAUUGGGCGUCUAGUGCUUCCAAAGAAGUGUGCUGAGGCUUAUUUCCCUCCAAUUUCACAGCCUGAAGGGUUGCCACUCAAAAUCCUUGAUGCAAAAGGCAAAGAGUGGAUAUUUCAGUUUCGUUUCUGGCCCAACAAUAACAGUAGAAUGUAUGUUUUGGAAGGUGUCACUCCCUGCAUACAGUCCAUGCAGUUGCAAGCAGGUGACACAGUAACAUUUAGCCGGCUGGAGCCAGAAGGGAAGUUGGUUAUGGGAUUUCGAAAGGCUUCAACUGCUACCCAAUCUGAUCAGGACAAUGAAGCAAAUAAGACCGGAAAUGGACACUCCACAAUUGGUGAAGUUGAAAUGGCUGAUCCUAGUUCAUGGUCUAAAGUUGAUAAAUCAGGAUACAUUGCAAAAGAAGCACUUGGGAGCAAAUCUUCAAUCUCUAGAAAGAGAAAGAGCAGCAUCUUGGGUUCAAAGAGUAAACGUUUAAAAAUUGAAAAUGAGGAUUUGAUAGAACUCAAGAUUACUUGGCAAGAGGCUCAAGGCCUGCUAAGGCCGCCUCCUGACCAUGUCCCUAGCAUUGUGGUGAUUGAAGGUUUUGAAUUUGAGGAAUAUGAGGAUGCUCCAGUGCUGGGUAAACCAACCAUUUUCACCACUAGUAAUGAAGGUGAAAAGAUCCAGUGGGCUCAAUGUGAAAAUUGUCUCAAGUGGCGCAAAUUGCCAGCAAGUGCAAUUCUUCACUCAAAAUGGACGUGCUCUGACAAUUCAUGGGACCCAGAAAGAUCCUCUUGCUCAGUGGCACAAGAGCUGACUGCAGAAGAGCUCGAGAAUUUGCUACCUUCUUGUAAUUCAGUUAUUUCAAAGAAAAUGAAGGCCACUAAGCAAGAGACAGAUAAUUUUGAUGCUAUGGAAGGACUUGAUACACUUGCGAACCUAGCUAUCUUGGGGGAGGAUGAGUCACUCCCUACGUCUACCCAGGUUACAACGAAACACCCCAGGCAUAGACCUGGCUGCUCUUGCAUUGUUUGCAUUCAACCUCCCAGUGGGAAGGGCCCUAAGCAUAAGCAGACAUGCACAUGUACUGUCUGCUCGACCGUGAAACGUCGAUUCCUUACCCUACAACAGAAGCGUGAGAAGAAACAAACAGAAAAGGCGGAGACAAUACGGAAAAGGCAGCAGCCUCCUCCCCCGGGACAAUCAGCUGAAAUAGUGAUUGAAGAUGACUCGUUGCCUUGUAGUAAUGCAGGAGAUAGCAGCCCAAACCCAAACAAGGAUGGAAAUGGCGGUUCAGAUGACGAUCCUAACCGGAUAAAAUCAUCUAACUUACCAUUCAAAGGUCAAAUCGACCUCAAUAUCCAGCCCGAGCGAGAGGAAGAGUUGUCGCCGCGAUCAGAUUCUGGUGGCAUGAAGGCACUGCUUGAUGGCACAGAAAGACAUCUCAGGCAGCUGAAUAUUUUGAACUCCGGGGAUGCAGAUUCUUCAGGUAGCCAGUCAAAGGGAGUUGGAGAUGAAACAAGGGAACAAAAACUCAGCAAUGGUGUAGUCCUCGGAAAUAAUAGUCACAAUUCUGAUAGGGAGCUUGUGCAGCCUUUGACUAUGAAUGUGUGAAGUUCCAACAAACUCCCAAGUUGGUAAUUACUUAAAGUGACAUACUCUUGCAAAGCUAUGUUGAAGUGGGGAAGAUUUUUGUGUGUACAUUUAUCCACUUCGAUUAAAUGCUUCUUUUUUGAGUGCUUGUACAUAAAUGAGGGGUAGGAAACUGAAAAGGGAUUGGUGAAAAGCUAACAAUAUGUCCGGUAAUGUAAGUGGAUAUCAUAUCAGUUUGUUUAGGCAAAUUGUAAAAUGCAGCUGAAUGGGAUGGUAGGCUGAUGUAAUUAAUUAGCCCAAAUUUGUUCUCCGUAAUUAAUGUUAACUUUGUGUAUAUUGAUGGGAAGAGCAAUACUUUAGAAUAGAAUCUAUUCAGCAUUGGCACAUUAUAAUUUUGUUGGUGGAAUGCAAUUAUAUAUUUA